CACAGCCUGAAAAGCAUCAGGACGUUGCAAUAAAACCCAGAACACCUCAGGGCUGCAGAUCUCUCAGCUCUGACAAGUUUCCACAAGUGUCCUGCCUGUAAUGUCACAGCGUAUUUAACGAGGAACUAUUUAGACUCCCAAAGGAGUGUCGUGUUUAUGUGUAACAGGUAAUACCAGGACUCACUGUGUAUGCAGUUUCAACAGCGGGAGGUUGGACCCCAAAGCAGAAAAGAUUCUAGAUUGAAAAUGAAUCAAGUCAAACUGCAUCAUGACAAUGGACAUUUCUUCAUCUUCAUCACCAUGCUGGCUCUGCUGAGCUCGGGCCAGGCCUCAACAAGGACGGACCCUCCAGUCUCUGCUGAUCAACCCUUCCUUUUCAUGUGGAAUGCCCCAACUGAGCUGUGUGACAUUCGCUUUGGCAUGCCCCUCGACCUCUCCUACUUCCACAUUGUCAGCAGCACGCUGAAAACAGCAACCGGCCAGAGCAUCUCCAUAUUCUACACUGACCGCUUCGGCCUCUUCCCUUACGUGGACGAAGACACUGGUAAGAUGUACGAUGAGGGUCUACCACAGCUGAUAGACAUGCAGGAGCACCAUGAGCUGGCUGAGGACGACAUUGAGUACUAUAUUCCUUCUAACCAGCCAGGUCUUGCUGUGCUUGACUUUGAGGAGUGGAGGCCACAGUGGGCUAGAAACUGGGGCAGUAAAGACAUCUACAGAGAGAUUUCCAUCGAAACAGUCAAGAAAAAAAAUGCGUCACUGUCUGACGAUGAGGCGGAGGAUCGGGCGAAGAUUGUGUUUGAGCGUGCAGCAAAGAGGUAUUUCCUCCGCUCCAUCCGCAUUGGGAAGAGGCUGAGGCCCAACAGACUCUGGGGUUACUACUUGUACCCUGACUGCUACAACUACGACUACAACCAGGACAUGGCGGGCUUCACUGGAGAGUGCCCCGCCAUCGAGAAGGACAGGAACAAUGAGCUGGUGUGGCUGUGGAAAGAUUCCACAGCGCUCUUUCCAUCCAUCUAUCUGGAGCUGGUGCUGAGAGAUACCCAGCAGGCUCGGCUGUUUGUCCGCCAUCGAAUCCAUGAAGCCAUUAGAGUGUCAACACUCCCCAACAGUUCGUACUCCAUCCCUGUAUAUGCCUACAUCCGCCCUGUGUACAAGGACAGCACUGAUGACUACAUGUCAGAGUUUGAUCUGGUCAACACCAUCGGAGAAGCUGCCGCUCUCGGUGCCGCUGGCGUUAUUUCCUGGGGAGACAUGAACGUCACAGAUACAGAGGACUCCUGCUUUGACGCUCGACGCCACCUGGAGCAGGUCAUGAACCCGUACAUCCUGAAUGUCUCGACGGCAACACAGCUCUGCAGCAUGGCGCUCUGCCAGGGCCAAGGUCGCUGUGUGAGGAAGCGCUGGGACGACGAUGUCUACCUCCACCUUGACCCGCGCCGUUACAGUAUCCAGCAGCGGCAUCGCACUGGCCCGCUCACUGUGAGCGGUGGCCUCUCGCAGGACGACGUCAACUGGUUUAACCGCAGCUUUGACUGCAUGUGCUACAGCGAGGAGCCGUGCAGAUCGGUUAUGAUGGUCAAUGUCAUCCAAGAGGCUGUCUUCACCAGGGGCAAUCGAGGCGCUGACAGGCCCCGCCCCCUCCUGCUGGUUAUGAUUUUACUCUUUCUGAAGGGUGUUGUGAUGUGAAUAGUCCAUGAUGAUCGUAUCAUCACACUGUUAUUUCAGCGUGUUGUUUGUUGUUUGUUAUUUGUGACUUUUUUUUACCAGUGUUUAAAAUGUUUUGAAUUCAGUUUAGCCUCAUGUUUCUGUCUCGCUCAGCACCCGGAGACAAAAAUCUGUUGGUAAUGAGAUUAGCGAGUAA